CUUACUUGUGGUCGACGCUUUACAGAGUUGACAAUGCGGGAGGUGAUAUUGAUGACAUUGGUCUUCCUGACUGGCGGCGUCUUCGUGCAAACCGCGGCUGGUACUGGGAUCUACAAUUAUGGCCCAAGAGAUUUCAUGCAGAGCGUCUUCUACCUGCCCUAUGAAACCACGGCCACUUUAGCCAAUCGCUUUGACCUCGUAGUGGUGAGUCUUGCCUGUGUUUUUCAAGGACUUUCGCUCUUAUCGUUAUCAUUAGGGUUUCAUGUUGUGAUCGGGAUUGUCGUUAUCAUGACUGAUGUUAUCAUUAAAUUAAAUAUUACUCCUGAAAAUACUCACAGAAUUAAAAUAGAAUUAAAUAUUACUCCUGAAAAUACUCACAGAAUUAAAUAUUACUCCUGA